AUGACGGCGGCGAGGACAGGGCGAGACUCCGACAGCCCGGGCGUAGCGCGCGAGUCCCGGGGUGCUUCACCGGGCGGGGGGCGUGCGAGCGACGGGAGCGACGGAGCCGUGCAGGGCGCCCCCUAUGCGCACGACUCCCGCGGAGCUCCGGACCCGUCUGCUCUUUCCUUCCCGCGGGCGGCCCGCGUCUUGGCCCUCCGGAAAUGUGUGGACACAUACAAGUACGUUUUCAUCUUCUCUGUGGCCAACAUGAGGAACAGCAAGCUGAAGGACAUCCGGAACGCCUGGAAGCACAGCCGGAUGUUCUUUGGGAAAAACAAAGUGAUGAUGGUAGCCUUGGGUCGAAGCCCAUCUGAUGAGUAUAAAGACAACCUGCACCAGGUCAGCAAGAAGCUGAGGGGUGAAGUUGGUCUCCUUUUCACCAACCGCGCUAAGGAAGAGGUGAAUGAGUGGUUCACCAAAUAUACAGAAAUGGACUUCGCCCGAGCUGGUAACAAAGCAACUUUGACAGUGAGCCUGGAUCCAGGGCCCCUGGAGCAGUUUCCCCACUCCAUGGAGCCACAGCUGAGGCAGCUGGGCCUGCCCACUGCCCUCAAGAGAGGUGUGGUGACCCUGUUGUCUGACUACGAGGUGUGCAAGAAGGGCGACGUGCUGACCCCAGAGCAGGCCCGUGUCCUGAAGCUUUUUGGGUAUGAGAUGGCUGAGUUCAAGGUGACCAUCAAAUACAUGUGGGAUGCACAGUCGGGAAGGUUCCAACAGAUGGGAGAUGACUUGCCAGAGAGCGCGUCUGAGUCGGCGGAAGAAUCAGAGGAUGACGACGAUGACUGACAGCCUUCCUGCACCUUCUGCAUUUCAACUGGACCUCGCAGGACAGCAGCCACCCCUCACCGCACGGAGCAGCUGUUUAUCUUGUCGGUGGAGACAAGGGAGGGCGAAAGGCACUGACUGUUUCUAUGAAGAAUAAAGCUUUGUCUGCAGGGUAUCUCCCUGUAGACAGCAAAGGGGACUUUUCUUAGAAAAAGGGCCUUUGGGUUUGUCUUCUGUUUGGAUUCCCAGGAUUGCCUGUGUUCUCAUUGUCAGCCAGCUGCCAGCACUGACUUCUGCAGGACCACCCUGGCUUUGCGGCUAUGGGGAUGGCCAAGAACUAUUUCCAGAGCUGGGUUUCUCCUGUUCUUUGGCCCUGGGUGCCCCUUGCUUGGAAUAGGGAUUUGCUGAGGAAAAUUAGGCGCCCUGGCUGCCCUUCCUGCCCCCCAACUCCUACACACCCAAAGCAGGGCUGAGAAUCAGAUGGAUGCCAAGAAUACAGGAGGCUUCAGCCUUAGCUGAAGUAAGAGCUUUCCACUUCUAGAGUUGAGAGCCAGUGUUUCAAGUGUUCUGCAGCAUCCUGGGAGGUCUUAUUGUUCUUGGUGGUUCUCCUGGUAGGUGUUUGCCCAAAUUGUUCUGUCUGUAUUUGGUUAGGGAAAGCAUUUCUGAAUGAGACAAAACUUACUUUGCA